AUGAAUAACCCCACACCACCUUUUUCUGAUUUUGAUAUUCAACAACAAACUUCAAGACCAUAUUACAACCCAGAGACAUUUAAUGCAGGAUACGUGGCUGUUUUCAAACCAAAAGAGGGUGUCACGGAUCCUCGCGGACAUACAUUGGCUUCAAAAUUAAAAAUUGUACAGAAAUUGAAACAAAAUGAAACCAAGAGCGGCAGUAGCAGCCUAAUAGGAGGUGGCAACUCUUCCACGUAUUCUUUAUUUACAGGAAUACCAGGUAACUUAGAAGAUCGUUCUACUAGUAAUGCUAGCAACAACAAGUCUUUGCAUGAUUUAGAGCUUGCUGAUCUUUUAAACUUCAGGACAUGGGAAAGACUAUCCAGACAAAUUUUGAAUAAAUUUAUUAGACAAUAUUUCCGUCAUUUAAUACAACAACCUUUUGAUGUAUCUAGACUAUUAAUGCAAGUCGGUGAAUUUGAUGCUAUUCUAUCUAAUAAAAAUGGUGAUAAUGAUGAUUUAAUGCUUAGGAAAAAAAUGGAUCACGAUGAAGUUUUAUACAGUGGACAGGAUAAAUACAAUGAAGUGGAUGCUGAAGACUACGAAGAGGAGGAUGUUGAAUACUUUUUAACACCCAGUAGCGCAACUAUCAGGGAUGCAGAAAACGGCAAUAAGAAAUUACUUUUAGAUGAAAACAACAACAAUGCCUUGUCCACAAAAGAAAAUAGAAAUAUGCGUGUGCUAAGUGUUGUUAAAAAUGAUGAAUUUGAAGUAGAUUUUAACAACGACAAGACCCUGAAACCAAAAGUUGUAAAUACGACGGAUAUAUUAAAUGCCAUAGUGGAAUUGGAAGGACUAAGAGGACUAUGGAGAGCCAACCACACUAGCUUUGUUUUGAAUUUCUUGGCCUCCACUUUAGAUGCGUGGUUUACUGGAUUUUUCUCUCCGUUUUUAAGCAUACCAGAUCCUUAUUUUGUCGAUAUAAUUCAUUCCAACAACAUUCAGAAAUCUAUCAUAUUAUCUUUGGCAGCUAGUAUCAUGACAGGUAUUAUCUUAUUACCGUUGGAUUUAAUAAGGACAAGAUUAAUAAUAUGUAGAUUAAGUUCUGGCGAUCGCAGUUUAAGACAAUGGUUAAAAAAAUGGUCUUGGAAAACCCAUUUCCAAACUGUUCCACUAGACAUGAUGCUUUUAAAUGUGACCAACAGUGUUAUUUGUAUGUUUUUCAAUAAAAAGCUAAUUAAUGUGUUUCUAUAUUAUGCUUUCAAUCUGGAUCAGUUUGGGAAUACCUUAAUUUACAGCACAGGCAGAUUUUUAGUUAAAGUUUGCGAAUUGUUUAUUAAAUUGCCAUUAGAGUGUAUUUAUAGAAGAUGCCAGGUUUCCUAUCUAUGCAAUGAAAAUAGGAGUCCAUUUUAUAUCUCGCAGCCCAAACACGAUUUGAUUAUUAAACCAGUACCGUAUCUAGGAAUAUUGAAUUGUAUUAAUUUUAAAAACAAUAGUAUAAUUGACUUAUGGAGGGGGUGGAGAAUAGGAUUCUUGAGUAUAGUGUGUGGCUAUGGUGUUAAAUUGUUAAAGUAUACCGAUGAUACUAGCUUGUUACGCGAAGAGAAAUUUUGA